GUCCUUUGGACUCCACGCCUCCCUUGCCGAUGGCGUGUCUGGAGUGACCUGUCUGCCACUUUUUCCACUUGUAGUGAGCCCUGCUGCUGUGUCUCUGUCUGUGCCGUUUUGUUUAAACCAUGUCUGUAGUCAGGACGACUGUAAAACUGCUCGUGUUCGCCGCAGUCACCGUCCUGGUCGUGCUGCUGCUGCGACAGUGGAUGGCCACCAAGCAGUACGUUUUCAACAAAGAAGACGUCGCCAAAUUGGCUAAACAGUACGCAGGACAGGACCAUGAGCAGGCCUUCUCCAAAGUGGUAGUGGAGCUCAGGAAGAGGUAUCCUGGCCACAUCCUGCCAGACGAGGACCUGCAGUGGGUGUUUAUGAAUGCCGGAGGUUGGAUGGGCUCCAUGUGCCUCCUCCACGCCUCGCUCACAGAGUACCUGCUGCUGUUCGGCACGGCAGUAGAUACAGGAGGACACUCAGGUCGUUACUGGGCUGAGAUUUCUGACACCAUCAUAUCCGGCACCUUCAGGCAGUGGAAGGAGGGGACAACAAAGAGUGAAAUGUACUACCCCGGAGACACCAUCGUACACGGUGUAGGCGACGCCACGUCGGUCCAGUGGAGCGCCGGGACAUGGAUGGUGGAGUACGGCCAAGGUUUCAUCCCGUCCACGCUGGGAUUUGCUCUGGCAGACACCCUGUUCAGCACUCAAGACUUCGUCACAAUGUUCUACAUCAUUCGUGUCUAUGUCAAGGGUAUGCUGCUCGAGGCUGGUACAUUUCUGACAGAGGCCGGGGUUUUCUGAGGCCCGGUCGAGGCUCGGAUGCCAGCACAGAGACAGUAACAUCAAAAGUUUGCCACUAACAUCUUGCAUCAUUUAAAGUUCAAAUAUUUCUACCCGGAAACGCUGACAAUUCAAAUUUGCAUCAGUAGAGUUAAUUUCAUCCCAAAAGAAAGUGGGUUCUCUUUAGCUUCACCCCGUGAAAUCAGACUGCAUCAACAACAAUGCAACACUGACCACCGACCUGAAGGCUGCACCUCUCAGCGAACCCAGGAACAGAUCAUUCUGACUCAAGCCUUAGCCCGUCACCUUCAGUGAUACUCAGCAUCUCGCUCAAUACAAUGAACAUUCCUCUGAGAGCUCAAACUGCCUUCACAGUCAGUGAGGUCUUCAGUACUCCUAAAAAUACAGCCUGUAUUUUUUAGGAUCAGGCUGAAAGAAUCAAGUCCCAAAAAUAGUUUCCUCUCUUACCAAAUCAGAGAUUCUUCUUGGCAUUAACAUGCAUUUUGGGUGAUCCGAUCACAGGUGGACAGAAGAGAACAUCGCCGUUCACACCUGUGUCUAUCCUGCAUCCCCAAGGUGUCCAGCUGGCAACUUGUGUUCUGAUUUCGUUACAGCCUACAUCAUGAUCAAAGGGCCCCGCAAACAGUCAUUAGGUGUUGCCAUGCUUGUUACACACAGGCUAACAGCUAGCUAAGAAAACAAAACUGUGUCAAGAACUAAUAUACAUGUACGAGCUAUUCCAACUGUUGAGACUGGCAGGACAAAAUCACUUGUGAUUGCAGACGAGCGCAGCAACAACAUCAGCGCUACUCUCCAUUUUUCAAGCGAGGGGGCGCUGUAACCAAAACAACCACCAAGUCUGGGACUGAUGAGGCAUGUUCCUGUUGCAUCCUUGCAUCCUUGGUCUGGGAUGCAUCAUGCUGCAUUAGCACUUACACUACAAAACAUAUGUGGUCACAACGCGUCUUGGUGGUUGUUUACACCUGUAUUGAGUACAGUCCACUUGUGAUCCACCCAGGACACAUGUUAAUGGUAGGUGUAAUCGGGGUCUUUGUAACCAGGCUGUUGAGUAUUUCCUCUUUUUGCAAACAUCCACUUUGAAAAUUUAGUAUUGAGUAUUAAAUGCUGAAGCUGUGAUAUGAAGACUGGUAUGACCAUCAAUUUUGGGGACUAAGGAAUUACUUUUAAAACAAAUAUGCAAUGCUUAAUUAGGUGUGUAAACAAAAAAAAACAUAUCUACUGUAAAGCUACUAUUUUCUUAGUAAAUACCCAUUUCUGUGUAUAGGCAUGUGGACUCUCAGUAAAUUAGGGUCUUUGUGAAGAUCUUACGUAAACCAAUCACAGAAACCAACGUCAGGAAGCCAAGAAGCAAGUUUGUUCCAAAGAUCAUGUGGCUCCAUUUCCUCCUUCACAAUCAAUGAUCUGUAUAUACUAUAUAUUUUUGAAAAUGUUGAAAACCUGACAGGAUGUGUUGAAGAAAACAGCCUGGAUAUGUGUGCAGUGUCCCAUUUUUGGCUCCAUAUGAGUCAUAGUCCAAUUUAUAGCAGCUCAGAGAUAGCAGUGUUUUCAUGAUUUCAGCCACUCUGUCAUCUGUGUGGGCUUGACCGCUUCAGAGCAAUUUUAAUGGAGCAGUUUUCACAUUUCUCCUUUUUUUUCCUCACAAUCUCAACUUUUUUUGUCUUAAUAUAUAAGGUGUAGUCCUUAUUUUCUCACAAAACUUUGGUAGAGAUUUGUCCAUUAAAUCAAAUCACAUUUGUAGCCCAAUGGCUUUUCAAACUAUAAAGCAGAUAUUUUACACUAAGUACUGUACCCACUGUGUGGUGCUGCUAAACACCAGCAGAUAUGUCUUUGGAGAAGUGUAUGAAAUGUUUGUGUUAUUCAUAUUUGUUUAAGAAAAUGAACAAAAAAAAAACACUGCAGUUCUGAACUGACCUCUGCUGUGUUUUCCUCAUAAUGCUUCACGUUUCAUUAAUUCAA